AAUUCCAGUACGCUAAAACACAGCAGUGGUAAAUGAAGUGCUUCUCUGUUGUUGUACUGAACUUCGCUGUUGUCUUUUUAGAUUUUUCAGUCCCGCUUUUCCAAUUAUGUCUACCGAAUGUCUCUCUAAAAUCGCAGAGGUUGAUUUAGAUCCCAACGGCGUCUUCAAAUACGUCCUCAUACGGGUGCACAGCAAAGACGAUGAUUCUUAUGUUGAUAUUGUGAGAGGAUACGCAUGGGCCGAGUAUCAUGCUGAUAUCUAUGACCGUGUGGCUGGAGAACUGGAGAGAGGUGGAGGACUGGAUUGUGAAUGUCUCGGAGGUGGAAGAAUCAAACAUGACAGUGCUGCAAAAAAGAUCCACGUCUACGGCUAUUCCAUGGGAUUUGGGAGAGCGAAGCAUUCUGUUUCCACAGAGAAGAUAAAAACCCAUUACCCAGACUAUGAGGUGACCUGGGCGGACGAAGGGUAUUGAAUGGGUUACAUGAGAUAAAUGACAGCUGCGAAUAAGGACACUAUUUCAAACCUAACUGUCUUAACGUAGCUUUCAAGUCUUGAUGUGCCAAGGCUGAGAAAGUACAGAACUUUAAUACAUUUCUGGGAUGGAUGGAUGGAUGGAUGGAUGGGACGUUUACUCCAAAACUAAGACAGGUCAUCCUCAUUAUGUUUGAUUGGUUUUUAAUUUAAUGUGUAGAUUAACACAUGGCGAGAAAGGAAUGCAAUUACCUUUAUGGCCAUUGGUCUUUAAAUAUGAUAAAAUAAAACAGGUUAAGUACUUCGUCCAAACCGACCGUAAGUUAAAUAGUGCAACACUGACGUCCUGAAAUUAUAAUAAAGUCCAGAGAAGUGUUCUUAGAAAUUCCCAGAACUGCUUAUUUGUUAUUUAAGUUGGAAGAAAUGUUUGGAUACACUAUUAUAUCACGAUAUGGGAAAUGUGCUUAACCUACAACAUAUUAAAAUCUAAAGUACCAUACAAUAAUACUGGACCCUCAGACCUGAUCCGGAGGUUGUAAGCCUUGCCUGAUAAACCUGACGAUCCACCUCACAUCCGUUUGUCAGCAUUUUUAAUAGAAGAUGCCAUUAGGAUGUACAAUGACUUUUUUGGCUCAAAAUAUUACGACCUAACGACAUCCGGAGAAUGUUAUUAACAUUUUGAAUUCACAACAUUUAAAACAACUGCAUUUUUUGUCGUUUCAAGCCUGAAGAUUAAAAUAGAGAUCUUGUAUUAGUUGCAUUUAAAUUAUUUAGUGCAAACAAAUCGAAAUGGAUUGCACAACAGCAUUUAAUAAAUGAGUCUACUUUUGCCUCUAGUAUUGCAUCUUUAUUG